AACCCGCCAAAACCCACCCAAAACCCAUAACACCUCUGUCUCCGUCUGUCUGUCUGUCCCUCUUUCCGGUGUCGGCAUUAAGCGCUGCGUGAGCUUCAUCACUUCCACGCAGCUUGAUCACAGUGAUCAAUUGAAAUCAGGAAAACCUGGGAAGCUUACUCUCUGAUGAACUGCUUGUGGCAAGUGUCUUCAUAUACUGCGGCAAUAGUUAGAAGGACCAGUCAUUUUGUUGCGAGGAGUUCUUUGUAUGGAUGUGCUAAUUCCUCAUGGAAAAUAAACUUUGAGUACACUGGUCUUAGGGCAAUCUAUUUAGAACCUGUGCGGACAAGGUUUCAUGUUCGGUGCUAUUCGUCUCGAAGGGGUAGCAAAAGCAAGUCUCCUUUACGGAAGUUAGAUUCCGAGCCGGUGAUGGAACAAGAGAAGGAUGCGUUCUUUGUUGUGCGGAAAGGGGAUAUUGUCGGUGUUUAUAAGAGUCUGAAUGAUUGUCAGGCUCAAGUUGGAUCUUCAAUAUGUGAUCCUCCGGUUAGUGUGUACAAAGGAUAUUCUUUGCCUAAGGACACUGAGGAAUAUCUUAUCGCUCGUGGGUUUAAGAAUGCUGUCUACACUAUUAAUGCUGCAGACUUGAAAGAAGAUCUUUUCGGCACUCUUAUGCCUUGCCCUUUUCAAGAUCCAGCUUCUUGUAGACGUGAAACAUCUAGCAAGGAUGCUUCUAAAAAAAGAUCACAGGAAGUGCGUGAAUCAGAAAUUGCGGAAGUAGUUGGUUCUGCAUCCAUUUCAACUGAUCCCUUGAGAAAGCUUGUCAAGCUAGACCAUUCUGCUAUGGUUGAAGCUCCGUCCGCUGUUUGUCAAUCCUGUAUUCUUGAGUUUGAUGGCGCAUCAAAAGGAAAUCCUGGACAAGCUGGUGCAGGAGCUGUGCUGCGAGCUGAUGAUGGAAGUUUGACCUGUAGAUUGCAGGAAGGUUUGGGCACAGCAACAAAUAAUGUUGCUGAAUAUCGAGCUUUGAUUUUAGGGUUGAGAUAUGCUCUUAAAAAGGGUUUUACUAGCAUCCGUGUCCAAGGAGACUCCAAGCUCAUCUGCAUGCAGGUUCAGGGUUUGUGGAAAGUAAAAAACCAGAACAUGGCUGACUUGUUUGAGGAGGCAAAAAAACUGAAGAAGAAAUUUCUGUCCUUCAAGAUAAAUCAUGUCUUAAGGGAACUAAACUCUGAGGCUGAUGCUCAAGCAAACUUGGCAGUCAGUCUUGCUGAUGGUCAAAUCGAAGAGUUGGAAAAGUUGUCCAAUUGAUGGUGACCUGAUUUUUUGACAAUUAAGCCCUCGAGAGUGUAGGAAAUCUGGAUUUAGAACUUACUGCCAUGAUGAGCCAUGCACAGAUGACUGGGUGUCAUAUCAAGAAGCAUUGGAUGAUAUUCUUUGAAAGUUUAGCCCUAGGCAGGAAUCAGGGGUGAAUCAAUUUGUUUUUGAUUUUUCACAUCAUAGAGAUACGAGUGAGCCUCAAUACAGUUGAAUUUAUCCAGCCAACUUGGGAUCUGAUAUACAAAGAAACGAGUGAAGAAAAUCUGUCAACUUACUUUGUAUUCUUACCUUCAUUAAUAAUCAUUAUCUUCUUCAUUUUCAGAAGCUCUCUUUGUCUCGCUUUUCAAUAAGCAAAAUCGAAAUGCAUAAAAUGGUGGGGCAUGUAAUAUACCGGGGAUCUUUAGAGGAUCCUAAGAGCUUGUGGCAAAUUGUAAACAUUACAGGACCACAUCACAAGCUA